GCAUGUGGAACUACAUUACCAUGUGACAUCUCCAGCUCCAUGGGCUCCUAUAGCUGGUACUUUGACGGCUCCAUCAAUAGCAAUGAGAAGGAGACCAUGCAGUUCCUGAACGACAGGCUGGCCAGCUACCUGGAGAAGGUGCGGCAUCUGGAGCGGGACAACAUGGCGCUGGAGAACUGCAUCCGGGAGGCCUCUGAGUCUCAAGCACCUGCCUUGGGUCCUGAAUACCAGUCUUAUUUCAAGACCAUUGAGAAGCUCCAGCAGAAGAUUCUAUGCACCAAGGCAGAGAACGCCAGGGUCAUCACGCACAUCGACAACGCCAAGCUGGCUGCCGAUGACUUCAGGACCAAGUAUGAGAUGGAGCUGGGCUUGCGGCAGCUGGUGGAGGCCGACACCAAUGGCCUGCGCAGGGUGCUGGACGAGCUGACCCUGUGCAAGGCCGACCUGGAGAUGCAGGUGGAAUCCCUGAAGGAGGAGCUGAUGUGCCUCAAGAAGAACCACAAGGAGGACGUUGGUGCCCUCCAGUGCCAGCUUGGGGACUGCCUUAACAUUGAAGUGGACGCCCCACCCCCCAUGGACAGGGUUCUGGAGGAGCUGCGGUGUCAGUACGAGGCCCUGGUGGAGAACAACCGCGGGGACGUGGAGGAAUGGUUAUCCAGGCAGAUGGAAGAGCUUAACCAGCAGGUGGCCACAAGCUCUGAGCAGCUUCAGAGCUACCAGUCGGACAUCAUUGAUCUGAAACGAACAGUCAACAUGCUGGAGAUCGAGCUGCAGGCCCAGCAUAGCCUGAGAGACUCGCUGGAGGACACCCUGAUGGAGACGGAGGCGCGCUACAGCUCCCAGCUGGCCCAGAUGCAGCGCCUGAUCACCAACGCGGAGGCUCAGCUGGCUGAUAUCCGCUGUGACCUGGAGCGGCAGAACCAGGAGUACAAGGUGCUCCUGGACGUGCGGGCCCGGCUGGAGUGUGAGAUCAACACAUACCGGGGGCUGCUGGAGAGCGAGGACUGCAAGUUGCCGUGUCACCCAUGCUCCACUCCCUCCCAUCCCCCUUGUGCGCCCUCUCCCAGUGUGCCCCGACCCCUCUGCAUGCCCCGCACCAUCUGUGUGCCUUGCGUGCCCUGCCCCCCGGGCCACCACUGA